GCAGCUCACCUUUUCUGAAGCAACUGGGGUAUAUAUAGAGUUCAGCAAUCUAGGUCAGUUACAAGAGGAAAUUAGUUCCAUACCUCUUAUAAAUAACACAAAUCAGAAAAAAAAAAUGAGAGCAAUUUCCCUCUUUCUUGUAAUUGUUUCUCUUGUUAUUUCCUCUAGAAUUGACCAGGAAUAUCCCCCACUUGACUCUCCCCCUCCAGAGCCAAAAUCAAGAUUUGCCAUGCUGGAUGACGUCAAGAUCUUGGCCAAUGGCCUCCUUCAGCUAGGACAUGGUCUCAAGGACUUUGUUCACAAGACGAAGAAUCAAAUUAAUGACAUAUUUCAAAAACUUAACAUAUUUGACAAGUCUUUUUACAAUCUUUCACUACAAGCCAACGAGAUCAAGGAAGAAGAAAGAGAGCUUCGCAAAACAACCUUAAAUCUUCAAGCCAAAAACGAAGAAAUGAAAAAUUUGUCACUUGAACUGAAUUCAAAGCUCGAAGACCUCUUAGAAGAAAAGAUGCAACUCCAGCAGAAAGUGAGGGUGUUAGAAGAGAAGCUAAUCACGUUAAAUCGCAGCCAACCCCAAGGCCAGGAAUAUCAAGAGGUGACUUUCCUUAAGACUUUUGUAGAGCAGCAAGAUCUCAGCAUCAAACAGCUUUUCCAAACGGUCCAAGAGCAGUACCAGCAGCUGACCAAGCAGCACAGCCAAAUCAAAGAGAUGGAAAACCAGCUAAGAAGGACAGGUUUUCAAGAAACCACAGACAAUUCACUUUCUUCAAAGCAAAGAGCGCCAAGGACCAUUCCUUCUCUACAGCUCAACGGAACAAAAUCUGAAGAACAUGAGGAUGGUCCAGCUGACUGCGCUGCCCUUUACGAUGGGGAUCUGCAUUUGAGCGGCAUUUACCCCAUCAAACCCAGCCAAUCUGAAGUCUUCAACGUCUACUGUGAAACGAAAUCAGGCAGCUCAUGGACAGUAAUUCAACACCGAAUGGAUGGAUCACAAAAUUUCAACGAAACCUGGGAGAACUAUCAGCAUGGUUUUGGGAGUCUUGAUGGAGAGUUUUGGCUGGGCCUAGAGAAGAUCUACUCCAUAGUUAAGCAAUCCAAUUACAUUUUACGAAUCGAGCUGGAAGAUUGGAAAGACAACCAGCGUUACAUUGAGUAUUCGUUCACCCUGGGGAGUAAAGAAACAGACUACACUCUGCACCUGUCGGAGAUUCUAGGCAACAUUCCCAACGCAAUCCCAGAACACAAAGACCUUGCUUUUUCGACUUGGGAUCAUAAUGCAAAGAACUAUCUGAACUGCCCAGAAAGCUACUCAGGCGGCUGGUGGUGGGACAACGUAUGUGGAGAAACCAACCUGAACGGCAAAUACAGCAAGGUGCCAUUGAAGGGCAAGCCAGAGAGGAGAAGGGGCCUGUACUGGAAGUCUCCCAAAGGAAGACUCUACGCCCUCAAGACAACCAAAAUGUUAAUUCACCCAACAGACCUGGAAAGCUUUGAAUGAGCACAGGCAAGCUUCCAAAAACCAAUAAACUGAACAUUAAACUCAA